AGCAGAGUCCUGUUUGGUGGGUCAGAGGGAAGGGAACGGUUGCUUUCAGCUACAUUACACAGACUUCAAAGAUUCAUAUCACCACCGCUCUCGAGACUGAUCAUGAAUACAGAUUUUGGAAAACAGCUUAAAAUGAAAUACUGUAAGAUAUUUCUCUUUCUUCUAUUAAUGAUCAUGGAUGUCUCAACAAAUGCUCAAGAAGUUAGCUGUGAGAGUGAACAGCUCAUCAAUGUUGACAUUGUUGUUGGAAAUCCAGAUAUUGCUCCACCUUAUAAACCUGGACAUAUUUUAGUUUUUCGAUGCACAGAUGUGAACCUGAAGAUGCACGGCCAACGAGCAAUUGAAUGCCUGUCAAAUGGAAAAUGGGAUUAUCCAUAUCCGAAAUGUGGAGAUGUCACAUGUCUUCUAAACACAAAAGAGAACAACAUCAAAAUGGAUCGAUUUCCUGAUUUUGAGUGUCCAGUCAAAGCUGGAUAUAAUUUAACGUUUUCAUGCAAUGGACAAGGACUGAUUUUAAAAGGACAGAGAGAAAUCACCUGCCAGUCAAAUGGAGAAUGGAGCAACCCAUUCCCUAAAUGUUUAGGUAAUUGCAGAGAAGCAGUAACCUGUGAGCUUAAGUCAACCACAUUUGGAGUAAAAAAGAUCAAGCCUGCGGGAACAACUAUUUUCAGAGCUGGAGAAAGUGUGGAGAUCACCUGCUCUGAAAAAUACUGGUUAUUUGGUACAAAAGAAACCAGCAGAUCAUUUACAUGCAAAGAUAAUGGAGAGUGGGACUAUGAGCCUGUUUGUGCAGAGAUUACAGGUGAAACUCCAUAUGACCAGCAUGUGUAUAGACUAGGGAUGUAAUGGUAUGAAAAUUUC